AUGAUGGAUAAAAACUGGAUUUUCCAAAAGAAUAGAUUAUCCGUAGAGUAUUUUGAUGGACUUAAGAGUUUUAUUAAAUUAUCAACGCUUUACUUAAAUGGUGAAAAUAAAAUUCGAUGUCCAUGUGUUUCUUGUAUGAACUUAUAUUACCAUGACUUGGAGACAAUUGAGCGUCAUAUAUUCGUAAAGGGAUUUUAUAGUAAAUAUGUUGCGUGGGAGUAUCAUGGGGAAGAUAUCACAGAAGUAAACGAAGACCGAGAGGAACUAGAAACAAAUAGUGAAGAAGACGAAAUAUCAUGUGAUAGUGAUAAUGAAGACGAUGACAAUAUGAUACCAGCAUUAGAAGAUUUAGCUAAUCAAUAUCAUCAGAAUAGUGAUUUUGUGAACCUUGGAGAUUCAAAUGGCCACAACAAUGAAAGGAAUACAUUGCCUGAAUUAUUUGCUGAAGCAGAAAAAGAGUUGUAUUUUGGAUGCACAACAUUCUCACUCUUAACAUUUAUUGUUAAUUUAAUGCACAUUAAAGUUAUGUGUGGUUGGACCAACAAAUCAUUUGACUUGUUGCUUGACUCACUUUGGAAAGCAUUUCCCAAAGACAAUAAGAUUCCACAGUCUUAUUAUAAGGCUAAGACAAUGUUGCGUGAUCUUGGUUUAGGGUAUGAAACUAUUCAUGUAUAUGAGUUUGAUUGUGCUUUAUACUGGAAAGAAAAUAAAAAUACUGAAAGAUGUCCUAUAUGUGGUCAUGAACGAUACAAAUUCCAAGGAACUAAAUGUAAGAAGAUCCCAAAUAAAAAGAUGCAAUAUUUUCCUAUAACUCCACGUUUGCAACGACUUUUUAUGUCUCGCCAUACAUCAUCUUAUAUGAGGUGGCAUAUGGAAGAAUGUGUUGAUACCGAAGGUGUACUUAGACACCCAGCAGAUGCAGAGAGGUUUGGAAGAAUUUUGAUAGACAAUAUCCUGAUUUUGCAAAAGAAUCUAGAAAUGUUAGGACGUCGUGCUCCCGGUAAAGACAUAGAUGUCUAUUUAGAACAUUUGAUCGAUGAGCUUAAGGAACUAUGGGAAAAUGGUGUACGUACUUUUGAUAUUAUCAAUAAAGAAUAUUUUACCACGCGUGCUGCAGUAUUGUGGACGAUAAAUGAUUUUCCAGCAUAUGGUACUGUAUCUAGGUAUAGCACUCAAGGGUAUAAGGCUUGUCCUAUUUGUCAGGAUGACACAUCUUCAUUUCGAAUAAGAAGAAAAAUAUGUUUUAUGGGUCAUCGUCGAUAUUUGUGUCUGAAUCACGAAUGUCGCAAUGAUAGAGAGUAUGAUGGUACAACUGAAAGACGUCUACCUCCAAUAAUUUUAACAGGAGAUGAAAUCUUAGAUAAAUUAAAAGGUGUGUGGACAUGUAGGCCAGGUAAAAAUGAUAAGAUCAUUAAGAACGAUAAGCAACAAAUGAAUGAUGCACGUUAUGAAAACAAAACGAAUUGGAAGCGAAAAAGUAUAUUUUGGGAGUUAGAAUAUUGGCCUAAAUUAAAACUAAGACAUAACUUGGAUAUGAUGCAUAUUGAGAAAACUAUACGUGAUAGUGUGGUUGGUACAAUAUUUAGUAUCGAUGGGAAGUCUAAAGAUACUGAAAAUGCAAGACUUGAUUUACAAGAAUUAAAUAUUCGUAAGCAGCUACACAUGAAAAAGAAGGGGAAUAACUAG